CCUCUGGGAGUGCGCCCUUCCUGCGCAUGCGCCCUGACGGCCCAGCAAUGGCGGCGCCCGAGGAGUCUCUGAGGAAACGGAAAACCGGGCACUCGGCCCCGGAGCCCGAGGCGCCGCCCGCGCCGGGGCGUGACCCCGCAGGCUCUCCGGCUCACCUCCACGCGGGCACCUUCUGGCUGACCCGGAUCGUGCUCCUGAAGGCCCUAGCCUUCGUGUACUUUGUGGCGUUCCUGGUGGCUUUCCAUCAGAACAAGCAGCUGAUCGGAGACAGGGGCCUGCUCCCCUGCAGCGCGUACCUGAGGAGCGUCCAGCAGUACUUCCGGGGCAGGGUGGGCUGGGACGCCCUCAGCUAUGCGCCCACCGUCCUAUGGCUGAUGGACUGGUCAGACAUGAACUCCAACCUGGACUUGCUCGCUCUCCUGGGACUGGGCGUCUCGGCCUUCGUGCUGAUCACGGGCUGCGCCAACAUGCUUCUCAUGGUGGCCCUCUGGGGCCUCUACAUGUCCCUGGUCAAUGUGGGCCAGAUCUGGUAUUCUUUCGGAUGGGAGUCCCAGCUUCUGGAGACGGGGUUCCUGGGCAUCUUCCUGUGCCCGCUAUGGACGCUGUCGAGGCUGCCCCGGCACACCCCCACGUCCCGGAUCGUCCUGUGGGGCUUCCGCUGGCUGAUCUUCAGGAUCAUGCUCGGGGCGGGCCUGAUCAAGAUCCGGGGGGACCAGUGCUGGCGAGACCUCACUUGCAUGGACUUCCACUACGAGACACAGCCGGUGCCCAACCCCAUGGCAUACUACCUGCACCGCUCACCCUGGUGGUUCCACCGCUUCGAGACGCUCAGCAACCACUUCAUCGAGCUCCUGGUGCCCUUCUUCCUCUUCCUCGGCCGGCGGGCGUGCGUGGUCCACGGGGUGCUGCAAAUCCUGUUCCAGGCUGUGCUCAUCGUGAGUGGGAACCUCAGCUUCCUGAACUGGCUGACCAUGGUGCCCAGCCUGGCCUGCUUUGAUGAUGCCACCCUGGGAUUCCUGUUCCCCUCCGGUCCCGGCAGCCUGAAGGACCGAGUUCUGCAGCUGCAGAGGGAAACCCGAGGCGCCCGGCCUGAGCCCAGAUUCAGCUCAGCAGUGCGGCGUGCAGCCAAUGUCUCGCUGGGCGUCCUGCUGGCCUGGCUCAGCGUGCCCGUGGUCCUCAACUUGAUGAGCUCCAGGCAGGUCAUGAACACCUCCUUCAAUCCUCUACGCAUUGUCAACACCUACGGGGCCUUUGGGAGCGUGACCAAGGAGCGGACGGAGGUGGUCCUGCAGGGCACCGCCAGCCCCAAUGCCAGUGCCCCCGACGCCGUGUGGGAGGACUUUGAAUUCAAGUGCAAGCCAGACCUACGAACACAACGAGUGGAUCCUCCGCCUGGCCGCCAAGCUGCUGGCCGGCGACACCGCGGCCCUGUCCCUGCUGGCACACAGCCCCUUCGAGGGCAGGCCCCCACCCAGGUGGGUCCGAGGAGAGCACUACCAGUACAAGUUCAGCCGCCCCGGGGGCAGCCACGCCGCGCAGGGCAAGUGGUGGGUGCGGAAGAGGAUCGGCGCCUACUUCCCCCCACUUGGCCUGGAGGAGCUGAGGGCCUAUUUCAGGGACCGGGGGGAGCCUCUGCCCGAGCCCCUCUAGGCAUGCACCAGAAAUAAAGGCGAAGACCCAGCCCUGCAGCUGCUCAGCGACGUCUGCCCUUCCCUGGGCCCGACCCAGGCCCGGCAUUGCCAAGAGGGACAUGGAGAGAACAGCAGUGGGGGCCCCACAUCCAGGCCAACCUUUGUCCCAGGCGCCGGCAGGGGGCUCGGGGCUCUGCUCUCCCGUCCACCAGGCCCAACCUGGGGCCGUUGCACCCCCAGAGUCGGAACAGU